AUGCCGCACCGAAAGGUGUGUUCCGACAAGCCGCAAUGGGGCAACAUGACCUGGUUUGAGCUCCCAAUUUCGCAGGGAAAGGUGUGCAUCGAGAUUCAGCAACGGGGCAAGUCCUUCAGGCCAACGCCAAUCGCAAUCGUUUCGCAGUUGGGGCGAAGUUCGGUCUUCCUCUUCGUAAUCGAUCGGCGGCGAGAGGCGGCGAGUGGCGAGGCAGGGAUCUCGGCGACGUUGGAGAGCGGGCGCACGAUGUCGUGGGCGACGCCCGUCCGCAGCCACGUCGUGGUGACGACGAUGGCGAGGAGCAUCACGGUGGAGAGGAGCGUCCCGGCGCUGCUUGGGCUCGCUCGAGUUUCCGGCGCGCUUCCCGCCACCGGCCCGUCCUUCUUCGAACACUGCCUCGAGUCGCAGCUCCCCGCGGCGCCGCACCUCAUCCUCGUCGAGUUCACCGUCAACCUUGACCACAACCCCGCCGCCUUCGAGCGGAUGCUGCGCAAGCUGCUUACGCUGCCUCGCCGGCCCGCGGUGGUGGUCGUCUCGAUGCACGGCUGGCGCCUGACCGACAGCCGCGGGAGGCGCGUCUCGCCCUGGCGCUGCGCCUUCCCGCGCGCGGGCGGCAAAGCGGAUCUCCCACUCCUAGGCUCCGACCAGCAGUGGGAGGACCAGGACCCGCGCGGCGACGAGGACAGGGUGGCCGAGCUCUGCCGCUACUACGACGUCCCGCUCGUCUCGAUGCGGGCCGCGCUGCUCGAGCCGGUGCGGCGAGGCGCGGUGCGGCUCGACGAGUUCAUGGUGGACUGCCGCCACCCGAAGGCGGAGGGGCACCUCGCGAUGGCCCGCGCGGUGCUGGACCGGCUGCUUCGCACGCGGCCCCUCGCGGAAGGAGCGGCUUGCUUCGACUUCUCGCUCGAGCAGCGCGGCAAGCCGGGCCUGGCGCGGCAGGCGGAGGCGGAGGCGCCGCGCAGGGGGAGGCGUGGCGCGGGCGACGGUGGUGGCCGGCGCCCCACCGCCACCCUCCCCGACCCAAAGUGCUCCGACCACGACGUCGGCGAGGCGGCUCACAACGGGCAGAGCCAGGCUUGCGCGCAGCAGCAGCCGUGGUGCCACUCUCGGAAGGUCUUCAAGCGCUGCCCGCUCACGUGCGGCCUCUGCAGCCGCGUGAGGGGCGGCGCCAACGCCACGACUUCGGUGCUGUGGCUGGCGUACCUGUCCUCAUACCAGCACAUGGGCCGUGCGCUCGUGCGGUGCAGCGGCGGGUGCGAAUGCGGCCCCGUCGAGAUCGACGCACACGUCCGCUCGGAGCGAGUCUCCGUCACGGCGGUGCAGCGGCUCGCGGUGGUCCACACGGCGGCGCACGGCGGGCCGGCUUGCGCGCUCGACUUGCGGAUCCUCCCGACGUCCUCCUCCGGCGAGCACAAGUGGAAGCUCCUCGGGCUGCUUCUCGGUGGCAACCUGGCAGGCGACGCCUGGAUGCCGCCCGGCUCCAUACGGUACGACGGCGACACGCGCUCCUUCUUCUUCCCGGGCGCAGACGAGAAGCUGCCGACGCAGACCUCGUUCGGACGCUGA